AUGCUUAUUUUAGGUGUAGUAGAGAACAAGCAUAAAAUUACUGGAGACACUGCACUUUUAAGCACUAAUACAGACAACAAUGUUGCCAGUGCACAUCAACUACGCACUCCUUCAGCAAAUACUGUAAAUGAUACAUUAUCAAAAGCAUCAGUGAUAAGUACUGAUGUCAAAAAAGAAGUUCAUCAGAAUCCUGCUAAGCAGAAUGAAUCGAAUUACUCACCUCAUAUACUUCAUCUCGCAGAAUCAAAUAUCGAUGUAGAUGGGUAUAGCACUACUAAAGAAAUUUAUUUAAAUUCACAUGUAGCUCAUGAAAAUAACGAGUAUCUUACGAAUAGCACUACGGAAGCAUCAAUUAUGACAACAUACAAGAUGCCAACAAAAGUUGCUCAAGAAGAAGGCAGUGUGGAAAAAAAGAUUCAUUCACUUACGAAAUGGGGCACACCACAAAUUGCAUCCGUCUACAUCUUUUCAACUUCACCUUCCUCAGUAACUUCUCUUUCCUCAGUAACUUCAUCUCCCUCAGUAACUUCACCUUCCUCAGUAACUUCACCGAUUCCUUCUACCACAGAUCAUACAACUACCCUAACUUCCCCUACAAUGUCAUCUGAAUUAAAUGCGCAAUCUAUUUAUACUUCAUAUCAGAAACCACAUUCACGACCAACAACAAAUGGUACAGUACCAUUAUCAACAUCUAGUGAGACAACAAUUAUACCAUCUGUUUCUCCAUCAACUUACUCAUCCAUCUCAACUUUAGCAUUACAAUCUACUAAAAAUUGGCUCUACGACGGAUUACAACCUAUUAUAAAUUCUCAAAUCCUUGAUAAACAAUAUUUGUUAGAAGAGUGGUUGACAAAUGACAGAAAAAUGAUUAAUUCGCGGAUUUACGAUCCUUUGAACACAUUAGCAAAAGCUAACAAUAUUAGUGCACCUGAUCUUGCAGCUUAUCAUGAAACAAGUCUACCUUCACCCGCUAGAUCUGAGAUACGGUCAUUCCCAAAUCAAAUGUACUCAUCAAGAAUGGUAGAAAAUACUGGUGUGCAGAAUCGAGGAGCUAUUAAACGAUUAACAGCCAUGAAUGAAGAACAUGACAGUGAAUAUGAUGGAAAGUAUCAGUAUAACUCUCAACCACAUAAUUUUUUUGCUGUCUCCAACACCAGUCAUUACAUUACAAAUGUACCAUAUGUUAGGAACUACUACUACAGUAAUAGUACUGGUACAGUGUCACCGGUACAUCAACAACAAGAAUUUGCAUCCUUCAGUCAAAGGAGGAAAGAAGAGGCUGAAGGAAGAACAGGUAGCAAUCAGAAAGCUCCAGUAGUUUGGCCUGCAAUGCGAUCUGAAGAUGUAAUAUCACGACAGCCUGCAUCUCAAGAAUGGAACCAACAAGAAAAUGUGUUCCAUCCACCAGUAACGCUGCCAGCUGUUACCGCAUCAACAGUCACUACAGAUGUUACGUCAGCACAGCUGAUCCUUCCCGAGGAAGAUGAUACUUGCGUAUUGCCACCUGACGCAGGUAACUGCUUCAAUUACGUGCCUCGGUGGUUCUACAACUCACAAACUGGUAAGUGCGAACAAUUCUCCUAUGGCUCUUGCGGAGGCAAUUCCAACAACUUUUUGGAAAGACAAGCAUGCGAAGUCAAAUGUUCACAAAGUAUGUUUGUUUUAUUACUUGAUCCGAUUAGAUCACAACUGCCAGAACGGUGCACCUAUCAGAAAGACGAAGGUUUUAGUAAUGGGUACAAUGUUCAGUGGUACUUUAAUGUAAGGAAUUUACGAUGUGAACAAAUGGUAUACCAAGGCCAAGGUGGCAAUUGGAAUCGGUUCCAAACACUUGGCGAAUGUCAAAAUACCUGCAUCCCGUUGGAUGUCAAAUUUACCGGAGCAGGCAGCAGCUUGUCUGCUCAUUCCAACAUUGUGUCUAGAAACAGUUCGGUAGUUCAUCUUCAAAGUAAUGUUGGUGUUGCAUCUCCAACAGUUCAACUUCCAAAUCCAGAAAAUGUGCUUGUGCAACAAGAAGAGCAGAAUCAGGAGAGAUUUUUAUCUCCAACACAUAGUUUAUUGCCAAGUCAGUCCCAUGCUUUUGGUGUGACAAGUGUUGGAAAUGCUCAAAAUGAAAAAGCGAAUGUUGAGACCGUUUAUCUUGAAAACGAACAGACUAAGCAACUGACUUCGCAACAGCUAUUAUCUCCUGAAAGCAUCUCUCAACAACAGGCUUCUGUAAUUGUAACACCAUCACAACUUCCUUCCACUAGUGCUGAAGUUGUAAUAUACGACUCCCAUGAGCAGCUAUCUGAAAGGAAAGCACUUCCAGAAUCACAGUCAAUUGCACAGAUGAUGGAUGUCAAUCAUACUCUUGAUAAAGGCAAGGAAAUGGUGCAAAACAGAAACGAUGAAAGUAGUCCUGAUGGUACAGUGAAUUCCGUAUUAAAUGGUAUCCAAGGUUUUGGAAGUGUACCUAACUGUCCAAAUGGCUUGAAACCUGUGCAAGAUUCAAAUGGCAGACCCAUGACGUGUUUGCCAGGUAGAAACCAGUGUUCAGCUAACUCUUUGUGUUACUUCAACGGUGUCAAUUUUUAUUGUUGUCCAAAUGCUGAAGAUCCAUACGAUGAACAUAUAUUUGGAGGUUAUGGUGGUGAAGAAGUGAAGCGUGGCUACAAAAGUAUGAAAAAAACACAGAUGAAUACGAAUGACUUGAUUGUUCGAAAAAAGUAUCGAGUUAAACGACAGUUGAAUAUUUUUUCUACGGUACAGCCAACAAAUACACUAGCUCGCAUCGAUUGUAAGUUUCUGAUUGUAAUAUGGUUUUCUAUGGCAAAGGUGUCUGCAGCAGAUAAUAAUCUUCGCUCAAUCCCUAUCUGUCGACAAGAAGUUGAUGUCGGCAAGUGUGCUGAAGCCCAUCUUCGGUACUUUUAUGAUCAUCGAAUAGGCACAUGUCGGUUAUUCUAUUAUAGUGGCUGUGGAGGUAAUGAAAACAAUUUUGCCACAGAAAUGGAAUGUAGACAAGAGUGCUUCAGUGGUCAGAUGCAUCUGAAAAAAGAUCAAGGUAAAUUUAAUGAUGGAGAUCCACCACCGGGGCAAUGUCCCUUUGGAAAAGUACCUCUUGGUGAUAAUGCUCCUGUAUUAUGUGGCAAUGAAAGCAUGUCAUUUGGUUGCCCGAAAAAUUAUUAUUGUCGUAUGGGACCACCUCAUGUAUGCUGUCCCAAAGGAACUUUUCCAGAUUAUGAAAGGUUAUUAGCAGCCAGAAAGUUGAAAAAUGUGCGUUUCGCUGCUCAUCGCUCUGGAGGAGGUGGUUCUGAUUCUGAACUCGAGGAAACUGAACUAGAUGAUAAUAGAGUAUCGAUUGCUGGAAAUGUUUCAGGAAUCGUGGCAUCAUUCAACAUCCCUUCAGAUAUUUGUCCUGAUGGUUCAGAUGCAUUGCUUAAUGAAUCUACUCAGCAACCUCUUAGAUGUGGUGCUGGUUUUGAUGGCGAAUCACUUUGUCCCAUUGGCUAUUACUGUUCCAUCUCUACCGAAAAUAGCGAAAGAUUGUGUUGCCCUUUGGCAUUGAUAGGAGUCAAAAUUCCUCCACCGCCGAAAGUACCUCCUUUUUUUGGAUUGAGGCCAUCAAAUCCUGGUGAAGUAAUAUUGCGUGGUUCGUUGCCGUCCGAUGUUAUGUGCAAUGGCGUUUCUGUUGCAAAGAAUCUGCAAAUUCAAGUACUUGAACAUUUUUCUAAAAAAAGUAUUGCUUUAGAAAGAGGAUCUGAUUCACCGAGCAAAAGUGCAUCCAGAAGAAAAUUUCAGUCAGUUCACGUUUUGGGUGACAAAGCUACAAAUGAAGAGCUAGUUACUGAUUUCCACGAUUCUAAAGAAGAAAUCGAUGUUUCUCUUCUUUCUAGUAAGUUAUGUUUCAUGCUACCAGUCACUGAUUUUCCUCAGAAAUAUAAAAAUGCGAGCCAUGCUUAUACAUUACAUUAUAUACAACUUUUCAUUGAUCUGACCUAUAUCACAACAUUGAGUGGAGAAAAUGAGUCCCCUUAUGGUCGAAUGAUGCUAAAACCAAAGGGUAAAGCAAGGCGAGCACAGGCAUUUCAUGAUGCAUUUGGAAAUCCGGCUUCAUCAGACGCAGAAGCUAACGAAGUACACAUUGAUGUUGGAGAAGUAACUGAUCCAUUUGAUGGACACGAAUAUUUGCAAAAGUCAGCUUCUGAUCGGAGUGUUUGUCUCUUAAAGCCUAAUGAAGGUCGGACAUGUCGAGAAGAUGAAACGCCCCCUCGAACCAAUUUACAAUAUUUCUACAGUAAACGUGAAAAGAUUUGCAAACUCUUUUUUUACCGAGGUUGCGGUGGCAGCCAAAAUCGUUUUGAUUCCAGAAAGCAUUGUGAGACUAUGUGUGCUGUAAGUACCAUUUACCGUUUACAUGUGAUACUUCAACUUGUUCCUUCAUAG